AGGUUUUUGUCCCUUGUGAAAUCGAUUUUGACCUUCAAAAUGUUCGUAUCUUCUUCGCAUUCACGAUUUGUUUCUGUAAGAUCGAAGGUGUUCUUGGAUUGUGGGAAUGCUGAGUAUGUGUAUGAGGGUCAUCAACGACACUGCAAAUGUGGAUUGAAAUCCCUGAGAUACACUUCAUGGACAGAGACUAACCCCGAAAGAAGGUUUUAUGGGUGCCCCAACUUCGGCAAGAAGGAUUCCAAUGGUGAUUUGUUGAAAACCUACAAUUUUAUAGAGUGGCACGAUGAACCCAUGUCCAGUAGAGCCAUUGACGUCAUCUUGGAGUUGAAAGGCGAAAGAGAAGCCUUGAAGACUGAGUUGGAACAAAGGAAAGAGCCAAGAGGACGAGAUAAAUUGACAGUGGAUAGUAGUGAAGCUUCUACAAGGGAAAAUGAAGAAUUAAUGAUUCUGAAGGAAGAUUAUGGAAUGAGGUGUUCAAGGGAUAAGGAAAAUGCUGAAUCGAGAUAUGUGAGGGAUGAAGUGCAGGAAUUGAAGGAAUUAAAGGAAGGUUUCUAUCAAUAAUAUAAUAUAAUCCUAUCUUUAUC